ACGGGAAUAUUCUAUGAUUUUACUGCAUGGAAACAAGCCCCAAUCGCGGCAUUGUAAACCCUCCUUUACACGUAACCAAUAAUGGCCGAAACGCGAUAAGUAUCAAUAAAUAUUUUCGGCUUUUUGAAUUAAAAAUGGCAUCGAAGAGUUUAACAGGACGUUUGCUCCGAUUUGGAGGUUUUCUACCGUUAAUUAGGCCAAAUCUUGCACAAAAUGGAUAUGUGCGACAAUACUCCGUGUACCCGACCAGUUUCAUCAAACCUGUGUACAAGCCUGACGAGCAGAAAGCUUUGAACGAAUCUGGGGAGAUGCAGAAAGUAAUAUUCCGUCAAAUCCUGCCAGCCAAAACUGACGAGAGCAGCUCCGAAUUUCAUGACGAACUCACAAACAAACUCGUAAACUACAUAAUGAAAGGUGGCAAUAAAAUACUGGCGAGGAGGAUAGUGGAGAAAACCUUUGAGAGCAUCAAGCGAAUUCAGCUGGAGCGAUACAACAAAAUAGCCAAUAACAUUUCAACGGAAAAUCUAAGUCUCGAGGACAUAGAACUGGAUCCAAAGAAGAUUCUACACCGGGCGGUGGAGAACUCCAUGCCUGUCUUACAACUUACGCCGAUGAAGAAAGGUGGCAGUGUUUAUCAGGUUCCUACUCCCAUUUUAAAAAAUCGAUCCAGAUUUCUGGCCAUGAAGUGGCUCUUGGAGGCUGGAAAAGACAAGGAUAAUCAUGUCCGUCUUUACGAUAAGUUAUCGUGGGAACUGAUCGAUGCUGCGUACAAUCAGGGUCGUGUUAUCAAAAAGAAACAGGACUUACAUAGACAGUGCGAAGCAAAUCGAGCUUAUGCUCACUUCCGAUGGAUGUAAAAGGAAGCAUUUAAAAUAGAAUAGGAUAACAAGUAAUUGCUGAGAUGCAUCGAUCAGAUGAUUAAUUAAUUCAGUCACGUGGAUAGCUUUUACUGAUCUAGAAACUAUUGUUGAGGUUUCACUGUACAUGAUUCGAAUAAGAAAUGGUUUUUAUUUUCCUCUC